AUGCUCAGAAGGUCUGCUUACAAGAACCUUCAACAGCGUGCGAGCCAACUUCAGCUCAAGCGCUCGGCUUCGCAAUCAGUUGCUUCCAUCUAUUUUCCCAGUGAACCAACUGCUCCAGUAUUGAAAACGGAGUCCAUUCCAGGGCCAAAAUCUGUGGAGUUGAAUGAAGAAUUAGGUAAAGUCUUCGAUAACAGAGCAGCUUACUUUGUCAGUGACUACAAGCAGUCCAUAGGAAACUAUUUGAGUGAUGCAGAUGGAAACAAGUUGCUCGAUGUUUACGCCCAGAUCUCAUCCAUUGCUCUCGGUUACAACAACCCAGAAUUGCUUAAGACCGCUAAGCUGGAUGAAAUGGCUAGUGCCAUCAUUAACAGACCAGCUUUGGCAUGUUUCCCACUGGCUGAAUACGGCCAAGUGUUAAAAGACGGAAUACUUGCUGCUGCUCCAAAGGGCAUGAAUAAAGUCUGGACUGCGCUCUCUGGAUCAUGUGCAAACGAAACAGCAUACAAGGCAGCCUUUAUGUACCAAGCUCAGAAAAAGAGAGGUUCUUUGGACUUUACUCACGAAGAGUUAUCUUCUGUAAUGGAAAACAAGGCUCCUGGUGCUUCCGAUCUGGCUAUUUUAUCUUUUGAAAAGGGUUUUCAUGGUAGACUAUUCGGUUCAUUAUCCACUACGAGAUCAAAGGCAAUUCACAAGUUGGACAUUCCUGCCUUCCCAUGGCCAGCAGCUCCAUUCCCUAAAUUGAAAUACCCAUUAGAUAACCAUAAGCAUGAAAACCACGCCGAAGAAGAUCGCUGCCUUGGAGAAUUGGAAAAGAUCAUUAAAAACCACCCAACCGACAUUGCCGCAUUGAUUGUUGAGCCUGUCCAAUCGGAAGGUGGUGACAACCAUGCUACUCCAUACUUCUUCCAAGGUGUAAGAGAUAUUUGUACCAAGUACGAAAUAUUGAUGAUUGUCGAUGAAGUGCAAACUGGUGUCGGAGCUUCAGGUAAGUUUUGGGCUCAUGAACAUUGGAACUUGACGACCCCACCAGACAUGGUCACUUUCCUGAAGAAAUUCCAGGCUGCCGGAUUUUACUUCAAGAAUCCAGACUUGCAACCUGCUCAACCCUACAGACAAUUCAACACUUGGUGUGGUGAUCCAUCUAAGGCACUUAUUGCUAGAACUAUUUAUCAAGAAAUUGAAAAGUAUGAUCUUGUCAACAAGACUCAAGAAGUUGGUGAUAUCUUGUACAAGUCGUUAGAUACAUUGUUAUCCAAAUACCCAACCAAGAUGAAGAAUUUAAGAGGUGAAAACUUCGGUACCUUUAUUGCUUGGGAUUUCACUUCUGUAUUAGAAAGACAAGAAUUUUUGGAUACCUGUAGACAAUAUGGUGUCAACAUUGGUGGAUGUGGAGACUCGUCAGUUAGAUUGAGGCCUACAUUGGCAUUCGGAGAAGAACAUGCUAAAUUAUUUUUAGGAAUUGUUGAAGAAAUCUUCUUGAAGUUAUACAAAUAG